AUUUUAUUAAUAAUUUAAUAUUUUUUAAUAAGUUAUUAUUAAAACUUAUUUAUAAUGAGUUGUUUAAUAGUUUUAAUGUUUGUUUGUUUUAUUAGUGCCUUAAAUAUUGGCAAUUCUUAUGAGUUUGGUCAUGUUGGAAAUCUCAGCCCUAAUGGUCUACCAAAAACUGGAGAAAAAUUUGUUGAGAAACUUGACAUUUUCCACCGAGGUCACUUGCAAUGGUUACCACUCGUGGGAGACCAGCUUUGCCUACGAUAUCUUGGUAGACGGAAAACUUGAAAAACUACCCAUCACCAAAUUGGCUGUUUAUUUCUCCUAUUUAAACGGUGAUAUGUACGAAGUAAAUACCGGUACAGUGACAGAGGGCCGGUGUGCGGGUGAUGUGUUUUUCUCGGCCAACGCUUAUGUGGCCAACGAUCAGGACGGGUGCGCCGGUACUAAAGGCGCCGCCGCUUUUACCAUACGUUACAUUGAGGGCCGUCUGACUGGACCCAAGUGCGGCGCCAUCUGUACUCUGGACACCGGUCUCAUUACACUUAACCCACCCGUCCGUAAUAAUUGA